AUGUGGAUUUUGUACACGCAGGUAUGGGUGCGGAAUCGGGCCCCAUCCUUCGCUCCGGUCGACACGGAGAAUCUACCCCGGACGGUCGAACCGGACAAGAGCGACUGCCCUCGAGUCCUCGACGCUCCUCACAUUUUUCUGUCCCCCUCAAGGUUUUCUCUGUCCAAAUCCUCCGUCGUCGCCGCCGGCGCGCCUCGGGCCUCCUCUGUAUCCCGCCCUCCCCCGCCUGGUGCCCCCUGUUCUGACCGGCACGGAUGCUCCGCCGGCGCGCCCUCUCCGCCGCCCAUCCCCUCCGCUUGCAGGCAAUGCCCGGCGGGGCAAGUCCAGGCAUUCAACGUCUCCAACAACAACCUCUCCGGCGCGGUGCCAGCCCCGCUCCUGCAGAAGUUCGGCGCCGACUCCUUCGCCAGAAACGCGCUGCUCUGCGGCUACUCUGCUUCUUCGCCGCCCUGCCCCGUGUCUCCCUCCCCCGGAACACCGGCAUCGUCCGGCGCACAGGGGCGCCACGGCCUCCGCAAGUUCAGCGCCAAGGACCUCACGCUCAUCAUCGCCGGGAUCGUCAUCGGCGCCCUCAUCCUGCUCUCUCUCUGCUGCCUCCUGCUCUGUUUACUGACGAGGAAGAGGAGGUCCAACGGCAGCAGCACGCGGAGCGGGAAGGAGCCGUCCAGGAAGGACGCCGGCGCCGCCGCGGCUGCCGGGCGAGGCCAGAAGCCGGGUGCGUCAGAGGCGGAGUCCGGCGGCGACGUGGGCGGCAAGCUGGUCCACUUCGACGGGCCACUGGCGUUUACCGCCGACGACCUGCUUUGCGCGACCGCCGAGAUCAUGGGGAAGAGCACGUACGGCACCGUGUACAAGGCGACGCUGGAGGACGGCAACAUGGUGGCUGCGAAGCGCCUGCGGGAGAAGAUCACCAAGGGGCACAAGGAGUUCGAGGCCGAGGCAGCGGCGCUCGGCAAGGUCCGGCACCAGAACCUGCUGUCGCUCAGAGCCUACUACCUCGGCCCCAAGGGGGAGAAGCUGCUCGUCUUCGAUUACAUGCCCAAGGGCAGCCUCUCCGCCUUCUUGCACGCUCGGGCUCCGAACACGCCGGUGGACUGGGCGACGCGGAUGGUGAUCGCCAAGGGGACAGCCCGUGGGCUCACCCACCUCCACGACGACAUGAGCAUCGUUCAAGGCAACCUCGCUGCAAGCAACGUCCUCCUCGACGACGACUCCAGCCCCAAGAUCGCCGACAUUGGCCUCUCCCGCCUAAUGACGGCCGCCGCCAACUCAAGCGUGCUUGCCGCCGCGGGCGCCCUGGGCUACCGCGCGCCGGAGCUGUCCAAGCUCAAGAAGGCCGGCACCAAGACCGACGUGUACAGCCUCGGCGUCAUCAUCCUCGAGCUCCUCACCGGCAAAUCCCCCGCCGACACCACCAACGGCAUGGACCUGCCGCAUUGGGUCCGGUCCAUCGUCAAGGAGGAGUGGACCAGCGAGGUGUUCGACCUCGAGCUCAUGCGCGACGCGGCCACUGGCCCGGAGGGGGACGAGCUCAUGGACACGCUCAAGCUCGCGCUGCAGUGCGUCGAGACGUCGCCGUCGGCCCGCCCCGAGGCACGGGAGGUGCUGCGGCAGCUCGAGGCGAUCCGGCCUGGACCUGGACCAGAGGGCGGCGCCGAACAGACCGACGAAGGCCAUGCUGUUGCCUCUACAAGCAAUGCGUAG